AAAAAAUACACAACUUGGCAGAAGAGCAGAGCCAACAAGUCCGGAGCUCCGCACAGUGUCACCCGCAGCCCGGACACUGCAGAAGGGGCCGCCUGGAGCUGUACACAGUGACUUCUUCGCUUCUGCUGUUCGGGACAUUGCAGCCAGCGAGGAGACUGACCCAGCUCAUCUGAAGAGCACGAGAAUGAGCGGAGCCAUGACAGUCCUCCUUCUGGGUAUCGUCUACCUGUGGGCUCUGGUCAGCGGGCAGGAUACUCUAUGGACAGUGGAGAAAGAUUCCCAUCGCCCCCUGGUUUUGCGCACAGCCGAUGUACAGCGUGCAUCAGCCCAAACAGAUAUUUCUCAUAUGUGGAAAAGUGAUUUAAAGCCUAUGCUUAUUGAAAGGGUUUCCGGAUCACCAGGAAGUUUUGCUGUGCGGCAACACAUUAAACAGCGACUGCAAAGCUUUCAAGCUGGGUGGCUUAUAGAAGAAGAUGCAUUUCAAAGUCCGACUCCUUAUGGAUAUGUGGCAUUCUCAAAUGUUAUUGCCACUCUGAAUCCAUCUGCUCAGCGGCACUUGGUCCUUGCCUGCCAUUAUGAUUCAAAAUUGUUUAGUCCGCAGUGGGAUGGUAAAAUAUUUAUUGGGGCUACAGAUUCAGCUGUACCAUGUGCAAUGCUCUUAGAACUUGCCCGAGCUCUGGACUAUCGUCUUCAGCAGUUAAAAGGAAGAAACUCCGGAUCAAAACCAAACCUUUCUCUUAAAUUAAUUUUCUUUGAUGGUGAAGAAGCAUUCCAUUAUUGGACUCCGUAUGAUUCUCUAUAUGGUUCUCGACAUUUAGCUCAGAAGAUGGAAAAUACUCCGCACCCGCCCAAUGCCGAAAACACAAAUCAGCUUCAUGGCAUUGAUUUAUUUAUUUUACUUGAUUUGAUUGGAUCUGCAAACCCCACCUUUCCAAACUACUUCCAAAAUACAGCUCGUUGGUUCAAGCGACUCCAGUCUAUUGAAAGAAGACUGCACAAUCUUGGACUUCUAAAGAAUCAUCCCUCCGAAAUGUUAUAUUUUCUAAGUGGUUUGCGAGCAGGACAAGUUGUUGAUGAUCAUGCACCAUUUUUACAAAGAGGUGUUCCAGUCCUGCAUCUUAUUCCUUCGCCCUUUCCACGUGUCUGGCACACAUUUGAAGAUAAUGAAGAAAAUCUUGAUUCUUCAACUAUUGACAACAUCAAUAAAAUUCUGCAAGUUUUUGUACUUGAAUACCUUAAUAUAUGAUGUUAUUUUGUAAAUAUGCUGAUAAAUUCAUUACACAGUAUUGUGGUCACUUCUGAACAGCGUAAAACCUAAAUAACCCUGCUGCCACUGUAUUAUCCUGUGAAUGGCUGUUCCCUUACCUGCUUACAGAUGACCAGCUGUCUCCCUCAUUGUUUCCCUCUCCUUGUAGAUUGUAAGCCCCCCCCCCCCCUCCAUACAAGUCUGUCCUUUACCAUUUCACGCUUUUUGUACCUGUGUUUGUGGAAGAAUAUAUAUGUAUUAAAAUUUUACUAUGUGUACAGCACCCUGGAACAAAGGAUACUAUAAAAAUAUAAACAAGGAAUGUGUGGCCGACAAAUAAUGUAUGUAUGUGAAUCCAAAGAAAAAUAUAUGCAAAGCAGCUCUCUAGCUCCACCUUAUGGAGAUCGUUUUUCCUUCUAGUCAAUGUUUGUGCUCCUUUUAAGAAUCCCUCUGGGGAAGUUUUAUGUCUUCAUUUAUUAAAUCUCCAGAAAUGUUCUGUGGCUUCUUUAAGGAGUUAUCCAGUAUAAGUAAAAAAAAAUAAAAAAUAAAAAUAUCCGCAGGUGUCAGGUCUUGGGGUGGUUGGGGGGGGGGGAUCCAACCGCUGUGACUACCUGUUAUCUCCUGCCUGUCACAAAGAUGUGGCCAACAGGCCCCCUCUAUGCAUCUCUAGGAGAGAGCUGAGAUACAGCAUUCAGGUAUCUCCGGCUCUCCCAUAGAGAUGCAUGGAGGGAACAUGUCAACCAGCACUUUGUGCUGUGAUCAACACACUUGAUUUAUGUGGAGAGCCUGGAGGCCGGGCAGGAGAUCAAGGGAGGGUCACAGCGGUCAGUCCCCCCAAGAUCUGACACUUAUCCCCUAUCCUGCAGAAAGGGGAUACGUUUUUUAAAUUACACUGGACUACUCCAUUAGAGUACCAGAAACCUUGACUUGAAAGGGAAUCUACCUCCGAAAAAUGGGGCUAGAGUGCUGCUUUGCAUAUCCUUCUUCCCAGAUUUGGAAGUGGAGCCUGAAUAGCUUAUAAGUCUCCACAGACCUUUUUAUGGGGGUCUACCUCUUCUGUAUAACUCCUGCUGAUAAUUGGCUACUAAAAACGACAGUAAAUGAAUGUCAAUCAGCUUCUUACGUGGUGCUCCUUAUGAGCAAUUUAUCUGCAUGUAAACAGGUAUGUUAUCACUGCAUGGAAAUGGAGCAGAUUUUCCACAGCCAAAAAUCUGCAGAUUUGGUGCACAGAUAUUCUCAGCGGAAAAUCUGCCCCGCAUGAUGCAGUUUGCUUCUGCAGAUUUGGAGUGAUAUAUAUGCUGAUGUUUUGAGGGCAGAAAAAAGCAAUGUAUUUGAAAUCUACAGGUGUGGAAUUUGGCGCGGCAGCAUUUCUCAAGCAAAAUCCCCAACAUUCUAAAUCUAUAUACACAGACACACAUAUUGACAUGCUGUGGAUUGUGUCUUUUCUUUCUUAGCACCUGAAUAAGAUUUUUAAAAUCUUAUCCUCCUUGUUGCUACUGUAAAUGUCAAACACAUCUGACGCUACUUCAUUAGACUGUAUAUACACAGCGUCUUUUGGGGGGGGGGUUAUUUUAGCCCUUGUUUUGCACACAAAUAUGUGCCAAAAAUAUUAUUUUUUAUAGGAAUACAGUUUGUCAUUCACACUGAACUGCAGCGCGUAUUUAUUGGGAAUGUAUUUCAAAAUCACAGGAAUAACUGACAAGUCAGUGGGGCUAAUCGGUGUUGUAAACCACAGCAAUAUAUGUGGACAAAAGAUUUCAACCACGUAUUUUGUGGCAAAAUAUACCGCGUGCACAAACCCUCACAUGCAAAAUCAGACAAUAUGAAUUAGAUUACAUAAGUUGACAGGGGGAUUCCAACCCAUUUUAAUAUCCUCAGAAUAAGGGCAUGACAUAGUUGCAGUUUAACGAAUAGAUCUGUGGUGGGAAAUAUUCUACCGUGUGUGGCCAUACCUCUAUGUCUGUGUGCAGAUAAAGACCAGUAUCGUCACGCUAAGCUGAUUAUUUUUUUUUUUAUAUUUGCAAUAUUCACAUGGUCAGAAUUUGCCGAAGCAUUUUCGCUUUGAGCUGUCAGUAUGCAGUGUUUCCCCGUCAUUUCCAUGCAGAUAAAAACCUGUAUUGAUAUGCAUUACUGGUAGAACUGAAGUGGAAUCCAGUCAUACAUCUGGACAGAAUGUAUAAUGUGAAUAUACGCUUAGUUUGCAUAGUAAAUGUUAUGUUUAAGUACAAAUCUUUAUGGAGUGUGUACGCAGUGUUACAGGUUCAAACAUGUAUAACUUCUGCUGCAAUUAUGGAAAUAACAAAUCAAUGAAAUAAAAAUACUUGUAGUAUUCUAGUGUUAGAAUUAGGUGCAUGCAAGUCAAUGAGAUGCAUCAGGACCCAGUGGUGUCAGUUGUGCUCUGUCUCAUUUUGGGGCCGUUCAACGCAAAAAAUGAGCCAAACGGACCCAGAACAGGACGGAGCACAAAAAUGGUGGAAAUCUACCCUAAAACAUCCAAAACAUUGGCCAUGCACGUUAGCUAUUCCUCCCCCAGCCCCCACAUACACACAUGAGCUUGCUCAGCCAAGGGUGCAUGUAUUCUCCUAAAGCAGAAGGGUGAACAUACGGAUUGUGCAUGCUGAAAUCCAAAUGCCUGAUCCUUCUUUCCCCUGACAUCUGCUGUGACAGUCCGCAGGCCACCAUACCCUUGAGAUGUUGGCCAGUCCUGCUAAAGUUUACAGACUCUGGUAUUCACUUAAUGUUUUAUGCCACCUUUAGUAUUCUGUUUAUUUAAAAUAAAAUGGUCUGAUGACUGUAUUUUAUCAUUUUCUAUGCUUGUUGCUCAACCAUCAGACCUAUGCUUGUUGCUCAACCAUUGUUUACCAUUGAUUUAUUGGUGUAUCACAAAGGCCUAGUUCACAUGUUCAAGAUUCUGCCAAGUAUAAGAUGUACAUUUUUUUGCAUUAACCCUGACAAAAUCAGCUUGCAUUUCAUUGGUGUUACAGUGAAUAGGUAAUACUGUAAUUCCUUUUACAUGCAAAAAUCUGGAUUUUUUAUUUUUACUCUGCAGAAUAUUGAACCUUGAAGGUAUCCACUGUAUAUACAGCAGUCGUGUAUAUGGACAAAAACUGACUGCAUCUUUUAAAACAUUACUGUCAUUUCUUGAAACCAUUUACAUGUCCUGUAGAUAUGUCAAAUGUUUUUAACGCUCAGACUCUCCAUGCAGAGCCCCCAAGAUCUCUAGAUAAAGAAGUGUGCGGCUGGAGACCGGCUCCAUAGACUAUAAUGGAGCCAUCUUCUAAUACAAGUUGGAUUGAAUGCCUAGCUGGGUAGUAAAGCAAUAUGUUGCAUGCUUCUACUAUCUAUCUCUAGGCAUCAUAGGGUCUCAUGAAGAGCCUGACUGAUAAAAAGUUUUUAGAAAUAACCGUAACGGUUUAAGAGUUGGGGGGAGGGGUGGGUCUGAUUUGUUUAAACAAGGGACAGGCAUCUAGGCCUGUAAAAUUUGUAACUAUGCCAUACUCUCCUCUCCCAGUCCGAUGUUGGUGCUUUUGUUUACUUACCACAUGACUGUCCCGCCUCUCCUGAUGGCAUUCCGAUCCUGCUGCAGCCAAUCGCUGAGGCCACAGGGAGCUCAGAACGGCAUCCAGGUAAAUAAGCAAAAGCACAGUGGUGGAAUGGAGCACCAACAUUGGAGGAGAGUAUGGCGUAGUCAGUAGUUUUACAGCCCUACUUACAAGAACAAAUUCUUACAUUUCACAACGAUUUAUUAUUGCUUUGGAUUCUGUCAAACAGCAUGGAUCAACUUCACAAAGUCUGACACAUCUUGACGCGUUUCGAGCGCAUGCGCUCGAAACGCGUCAAGAUGUGUCAGACUUUGUGAAGUUGUUCCAUGCUUUUUUUUUAAAGAGGAUUUAUCAAUAAAGCUGCAAGUUCUUCAAGUGCUGGAUCAAUUUGUUUUUUUUAUUCAUUGCAUGAGGCCUAGAAGUAUAGUGCAGUGAAAAAUCCAUGGUCAAGCACCACUUUCUCUGUACCAUGAGCAUAACAUAGGAAAAACACUGUUCUGCAUAGUGUUUCUUUUAGUAUGGUAAAAACAAUUCUAGUUCUUUCUCUGAGGUUAGGAACAGACAUGUGGGUAUGGCAUUUCAUGUCUACCGAUUGACUCCUAGCUUACAUUUUGGCUGCAUCAUUUCUGGCCUAAAAAACACGAGGCUGAGAGGAUGUACUCAGGGCUUAAAGGGGUACUCUGGUGGAAAACUUUUAUUUAUUUAUUUAUUUUUUUAAAUCAACUGGUGCCAGAAAGUUAAACAGGUUUGUAAAUUACUUCUAUUAAAAUCGUAAUCCUUCCAGUACUUAUUAGCUACUGAAUACUACAGAGGAACACAGUGCUCUCUGCUGACAUCACGAGCACAGUGCUCUCUGCUGACAUCUCUGUCCAUUUUAAGAACUGUCCAGAGUAGGAGAAAAUCCCCAUAGCAAACAUAUGCUGCUCUGGACAGUUCCUAAAAUGGUCAGAGAGGUCAGCAGAGAGCUCUGUGUUCCAAAAAGAAAAUAAUUUCCUCUGUAGUAUUCAGCAGCUAAUAAGUACUGGACAGAGUAAGAUUUUUUAAUUGAAGUAAUUUACAAAUCUGUUUCACUUUCUGGCACCAGUUGAUUUAAAAAAUAAAAAUAAAAAAUAAAGUUUUCCACCGGAGUACCCCUUUUAAGGUCACUGGAACCACAUGACACUAGAUUUUGCUUUUGUAAUUGUAUCAUUCUCUUGUUAUACCAUGUUGAUAAAGGUCAGGAUGCUAUAUUUAGAAAACACAAUCGUUUUCUUGAUUUAUUCCGUGCCAAAUGAAUAAAUGUGUUUGUGUAUAUAUAUAUAUAU